CUGCAAGCCAAACGACUAAAGUGUCCGCCCAGCGAACUUUGGACUCUAUUCUUUGGCGACGAGAAAGACUGAGUGACGACUUGUCUAAUCGCCGGCGACAAAUGUAGAAGAGCUCCCCACUGGCUCACAUGCAUAUAUAAAAAGUGGGGCCAUACGAAUUUUGGUUGUCAGUUAAUGUCCAUCAAUCGAGUCAAUCCCAGCACAGUCAUGAGAAGCGCGUCGCUUAAGUUCUAUCUGCUAUGUCUGCUAGUUAUCUGCGUGAUCGGUUGGAGUGCUGCAGUACCACUUUCACGGAAGGAACUCGAGGAGCGGUAUCGAACAAUGCCGCCGGUGUUGGAUGAACGAAAUGCGGAUGCAGAAUUGGAUAAUGCCUACGGAUGGUUACCGAGAAGACCUUAAAGUCCGAAUCUGAAAAGGCAAGGGCCACAAUUGAUUUGUGGUUCUAUUUGGAGUGUCACUUUGUAUGUCGUAUUCAGGGUUAUGGCUAUGUAGUUCUAAGCUUAGGCAAAAUGUACAAGCGUAAAAUAAAGCAAUUACUUGGGUGAAA